AUGGCUCCCAAAAAUAAGGCAAAAGCUGACGAGAAAGUAAAGUCGGGAGGCAAAGGUAGCUCAAGCAAAGACGAAAAGACAGGCGUAGGAGGAGGCAAAUUGAAAGCUGCGAACGCGAUCAAUACACGGCAUAUUCUCUGCGAGAAACACUCAAACAAAGAGGAAGCGCUUGGAAAGCUUCGUGAGGGGGCGAAAUUUGAUGAGGUAGCGCGAGAGUUUUCAGAAGACAAAGCAAGACAGGGUGGGAGUCUGGGGUGGAAGACCAGAGGCUCUUUGGACGCUGCGUAUGAGAAGGCGGCAUAUGAACUCGAGCCAAGCACAGUCGGAAGUCCGAAAUUUGUAGAGGUGAAGACUGGGUUUGGUUAUCAUAUCAUCAUGGUAGAAGGCCGCAGGUGA